ACCACUGCGAGCUCUCUUCUUCCUUCUUCACGCUCCUCACCCUCCCUUUCUCAAUCUUGGAAGACUGUUCUCUCCUUUCGUAUAUCGAACGCCCGUUCAUUGCAUUGCAGCACGCAGUUACUUCACCACUCGCUGAUCACGAUGGCCUCGUCGGCCAGCAUUCCUUUGCAUUGCAACAUCUGUCCUAAAAAGCCCAACUUCAGCGAUGUUUCGCAUCUUCUCACCCAUAUAGCUAGCAAAGGACAUCUUUCUCACUAUUACAAAGUCAAAGUCCGGUCCACUCAUGAAGAGCCAUCACGACGCCUUAUCGAGUCCUACGAUAGAUGGUACAUUGACUGGCGAGUGGAGGAUCUCAUGUCUGAGCGCAUGAACAUGAAGGAUAAGAAGAAGUCUCGCCCUCGAUCAGGAGCGAGAAAUUCUCACAUACAGAACUCAAACUCGGCACCAGAUCCCCGCGGCAGACGUACCGGUAUCACGGCCUUGGAUCCUCGCCUCAUCAACCAACGGGUGAAAGAGGAGCCCCGACCUACCCCUCCUCCCUUCUUCGACGGGUUGUCAUAUGCUAGGCAGUAUGACCCAAGAAUGGCAAGGUUCUGGGCUGGAAUGCCUGACAAUCUCUCGACUUCAUCCUACGGAACUACAAGCACGGAGUUCGAUUAUCCAGUACAAGGGCAGGACACCCAUAGACGUGUAUAUCAUGCUCCAGAUUCGUCAGCCAUCCUUGAAGACAAUGAUAACGAUAUCGAAGAGCCCGUAUCUACAGUGGGUGGUAGCGAGUGUACCAAAUUGAAGGGUGUGUACUGGCCUGGUAUGAACAUUUUUGACUCCGCCACGCCUGAGAUGCGGCGAAAGCGGAAUCAAAAGAAAGACAUAUCCGUUUUGGAACAACUAGAAUUGAACUCUCACGAAGUCGAACCAACAGAGCUGAUCUUCACACCAAACGGUUCUUUCAAGAGGCAGAGGCGCAUAUCUGGUUCCAGCGAGGAAAGUAGCCCCCUGAAAUCGGAGCUAUCUCCACGCGAAUCUCGAUCCAAGCGUCCUGCCCUCACAGAGGUCGACUCGAACAUUCCUCGCCGUGCACGACAGGCACCACGAAAUGCUCGUCCGAAUACAGCUAUUGCCAAGCAUGACGUCUUUGCAGAUGAUAGGCUCGACUUUGGCUUAAACUACAAUUCUGCGCAGCCUAGAAGGCGAGGUUUCCAAGUUUUCAACGACCAGAAUAUACAUACGGCACAGCCAGCAGAUCUCCAUUACCUUACCUCCGAGUUUCACUAUGGUGGACCGAAUGGUACGAUCGAUGGCAGAAGUCGUGGAAAGGCACACUCCAGGGCGACGUCUUUGUAUCAUCAGCAAGAAGAAAAAGAGAAUUACGAUCACCAGCCGUACCAUUAUACGGCGUUCUACGCACCCCUUCCUGCAGCUACCACUCAUCAGUAUAACCAAUACCCAAGCGCAGGAGCUCAUGAUCUACCACCAACCAGCUUCUACAGCAACUCAGUCUUUUAUCAGGCAUAUCAAACGACGACUGAAACGCAGGGAGAGCCCCAACAGGAUGACCAGCGGACCAUCACAGCUCCACCAUCACCAGAAAUGUAGCCGAUUAGUUCUACUCGCUUUGAUACGAACACCGCUUUUCACUCAACAUCAGUCCCUUUUACAGCACUAUAUUUUCUUUCUGUAUCUCCUUGUUACUACAUUUUACAGGCGCAACUGCGAGGCAUACUGUUACGACGAUUCAAGAUAACUCGGUAUAAUUUCAUGGACCCAAGACGAGGUGGCAUACU